AUGGACGUGGACGUGGACAUGGACGUGGACGUGGACAUGGACGUGGACGUGGACAUGGACGUGGACGUGGACGUGGACGUGGACGUGGACAUGGACGUGGACGUGGACGUGGACGUGGACGUGGACGUGGACGUGGACGUGGACGUGGACGUGGACGUGGACGUGGACAUGGACGUGGACAUGGACGUGGACGUGGACGUGGACGUGGACGUGGACAUGGACGUGGACGUGGACGUGGACGUGGACGUGGACGUGGACGUGGACGUGGACGUGGACGUGGACGUGGACGUGGACGUGGACGUGGACGUGGACGUGGACGUGGACAUGGACGUGGACGUGGACGUGGACGUGGACGUGGACGUGGACGUGGACGUGGACAUGGACGUGGACGUGGACGUGGACAUGGACGUGGACGUGGACAUGGACGUGGACGUGGACGUGGACGUGGACGUGGACGUGGACGUGGACAUGGACGUGGACAUGGACGUGGACGUGGACGUGGACAGGACGUGGGACAUGGACGUGGACGUGGACAUGGACGUGGACAUGGACGUGGACGUGGACGUGGACGUGGACGUGGACGUGGACGUGGACGUGGACGUGGACAUGGACGUGGACGUGGACGUGGACGUGGACAUGGACGUGGACGUGGACGUGGACAUGGACGUGGACGUGGACGUGGACGUGGACGUGGACGUGGACGUGGACGUGGACGUGGACAUGGACGUGGACGUGGACGUGGACGUGGACGUGGACGUGGACAUGGACGUGGACGUGGACAUGGACGUGGACAUGGACGUGGACGUGGACGUGGACGUGGACAUGGACGUGGACGUGGACGUGGACGUGGACAUGGACGUGGAGAUGGACGUGGACAUGGACGUGGACGUGGACAUGGACGUGGACGUGGACGUGGACGUGGACAUGGACGACGUGGACGUGGACGUGGACGUGGACAUGGACGUGGACGUGGACGUGGACAUGGACGUGGACGUGGACGUGGACAUGGACGUGGACGUGGACGUGGACGUGGACGUGGACGUGGACAUGGACGUGGACGUGGACGUGGACAUGGACGUGGACGUGGACGUGGACAGGAUGGACGUGGACGUGGACGUGGACGUGGACGUGGACGUGGACAUGGACGUGGACGUGGACGUGGACGUGGACAUGGACGUGGACAUGGACGUGGACGUGGACGUGGACAUGGACGUGGACAUGGACGUGGACGUGGACGUGGACGUGGACGUGGACGUGGACAUGGACGUGGACGUGGACGUGGACGUGGACGUGGACGUGGACGUGGACGUGGACAUGGACGUGGACGUGGACAUGGACGUGGACAUGGACGUGGACGUGGACGUGGACAUGGACGUGGACGUGGACAUGGACGUGGACAUGGACGUGGACGUGGACGUGGACAUGGACGUGGACGUGGACGUGGACGUGGACAUGGACGUGGACGUGGACGUGGACAUGGACGUGGACGUGGACGUGGACGUGGACGUGGACGUGGACGUGGACGUGGACAUGGACGUGGACGUGGACGUGGACGUGGACGUGGACGUGGACCUGGACGUGGACGUGGACGUGGACGUGGACAUGGACGUGGACGUGGACGUGGACGUGGACAUGGACGUGGACGUGGACGUGGACGUGGACAUGGACGUGGAGAUGGACGUGGACGUGGACGUGGACGUGACAUGGACGUGGACGUGGACGUGGACAUGGACGUGGACGUGGACGUGGGACGUGGACGUGGACGUGGACGUGGAGGACGUGGACGUGGACGUGGACGUGGAGGACGUGGACAUGGACGUGGACGUGGACGUGGACAUGGACGUGGACGUGGACGUGGACGUGGACGUGGACGUGGACGUGGACAUGGACGUGGACGUGGACGUGGACGUGGACGUGGACGUGGACAUGGACGUGGACGUGGACGUGGACGUGGACAUGGACGUGGACGUGGACGUGGACGUGGACGUGGACGUGGACGUGGACGUGGACUGGACGUGGACAUGGACGUGGACGUGGACAUGGACGUGGACAGGACGUGGACGUGGACGUGGACGUGGACGUGGACAUGGACGUGGACAUGGACGUGGACGUGGACGUGGACGUGGACGUGGACGUGGACGUGGACAUGGACGUGGACGUGGACGUGGACAUGGACAUGUGGACGUGGACGUGGACGUGGACAUGGACGUGGACGUGGACGUGGACGUGGACGUGGACGUGGACGUGGACGUGGACGUGGACGUGGACGUGGACGGGACGUGGACGUGGACGUGGACGUGGACGUGGACAUGGACGUGGACAUGGACGUGA